UGUGUCCGCGUCUGGUGUGACAUUGCACUAUGGCAUUUUCUUCUUUCUGCUCAAUGACUCUGUCAAUGCAUAAAUGGAAAAGAAUAGUAGAAGACUUCUUGAGAAGUCAAGUCAACGAGCCGAGCAGCAAAUACCUUCCACCAUGUAUAAAUCUGUCUUGAAUGGCAAUAAGGAGAACCCAAUUUGAGAGGCUUAGACAGAAAACUAGAGAGGGAGAAAAUCAGGAAAGGCUCAAACAGGAAACUAGAGAGGAAGAGAUGGGGGAAAGGCUUAAUGAUGCUGCAGUUAAGGGUGAUGCUGAAACCCACCUGCGUGAUGCUGCAGUUAAGGGUGAUGCUGCAACCCUUAAGCGGCUAAUUCGAGAAGAUCCACUUGUUCUUGCUAAAGUUAGUUUGAAUUGCCAGGAUAAGAAUCCCUUGCACAUAGCAGCAAGUCUUGGGCAUGAGGAGUUUGUACAAGAAAUUUUAGAAGUCAAUGGUGAAAUGUGCUUGGCUCGUGAUCGACUUGGGAGAAAUCCAUUGCAUCUCGCAGCUAUCCACGGCAGAGUGACUGUCUUACAACAGCUGAUUCGUGCCAAACCCCUAGCAGCUCGAGAAAAGGUUGCCGGAGGAGGGACUGUGUUACAUUUGUGUGUCAAGUAUAAUCAGCUCGAAGCUUUGAAGUUUCUGCUCCAGACCAUAAAGGAUGAUGAGUUCGUCAAUUUGAAAGAUGGUGAUGGAAUGACCGUGCUUCAUCUGGCAAUUUGUGAUGAGCAAAAUAAGACAAUCAAAUACUUGUUAGACGGCAAGAAAGUGGAUGUGAACGCGACGAAUGCAAAUGGGAACACCGCAUUAGACCUCCUCCAUGAAGAAGCUAACUCAGAAAUUGCACAAUACCUCAAAGACGCUGGAGCUGAAAGAGCCAAAAAGGACAUAGCCGGCAGCGAUUGGUUGUCUAGGAAAAGGGAGACACUAAUGGUGGUGGCCUCACUAAUUGCAACAAUGGCAUUUCAAGCUGGGGUAAGCCCCGCCGGAGGUGUUUGGCAAGACGACUCGUUACCAGGUGCAGAACCACAUACUGCAGGAAAAGCGGUGAUGGCAUAUAAACAUCCAAGAUACUAUCGAAACUUCAUCAGAACUAAUACGGUAGCCUUUGUUUCAUCUCUCAGCACAAUUUUGUUUCUCAUCAGUGGAUUACCCUUCAGGCACAGGUUCUUCAUGUGGGCUUUGAUGGUGAUCAUGUGGUUGACGAUUUCAGCCAUCGCUACAGCUUAUGGCAUAUCGAUUGCUAUAGUAACUCCAAAGGAUCACAGGAAACAGCUGAGCCAUGUAAUUGAGACUGCAGUCACGGUGUGGUGUGGUGUGAUGGCGCUCUUGCUGCUGGGAAACACGAUGCGAUUGGCAAACAGGUGGCUGAAACGUCGUGGUAUAGAUUUGUUCAAGAAAGUAAGACAUCGGAAUCGGGAUGUUCAACCACAAACCAACCAUAACCAAGAAAAUCUGCAACAAAUACAUUGCAGUUGAUUUUUAUGUACUAUCCUGCAAUUCCAAUUCUAAUCUUCUGUAGAUUGUACAACUUAGUUUGUAAUAUUUUUAAGAUGAGCAAAAGAAUUGGUGAAAAUCCAUCUAUGUUUUGUAAGUGUGAGAGAAUUAUAAACGUAAUUAAGUCCUAAUUUGGAAGGACGUGGGGAACCUUCUUUAACCAUAUGGAGCCGAACUUUUGCUGGAAGAUAUGAAUCUUCUUGGAAUC